GUGACGUUCGGUAUGGCAAAAAGUAUAAAAGAAAGUCAAUCUCAUAACGGAGUCAUUUUUCAAAAAGUGAACUGAAUGAAGCGCGGGAUGCAACAAAGCAAAAAGAAUUGCGCGGUGAUGGGUUAUCAAUGUGUUGUAAGGAUGGUAGGAAUAGCGUUUAUUUUGCUAUUACUACCAAAUGUAGCGGGAAGCGAUAGGCGUAUAAGAGAAUGCUUCAGAAGGUCUUUCGAAGAGUACAACGGAGGAACAUUAGCUCCACUUACGAAGACAACACGUAAACCAAAUGAAAAUGAAAAUGAAAAAGAAAAUAUUGUCCCAGCUCCUGCUAACAAUUUAAUUAAUAACGUGAACGAGGUAGCUCGAAAAAAGGCGGCAGUAGCAUACUGCAAGAAUAUCAAUGCAACAAUUGCCGCAGACGGAUCAGCCUGUAUCCUCAUAACACGUCACCUGAACGAAACACACGUGUGCGUUACAAAAGAAAUGAAAAAAAUCAUUGUUAUCAAUACCACCGAAAUUGUCAACAGCAGCCAUAUGGUUACGCUAAGCAUUGUGGGAAACACAGUUGGCUCUCUGUUUCUGUUUGGACUCAUUGCAACAUACUCAUGCUUUAAAGAUUUACAGACCUCAUAUGGGAAAUAUAUAAUCAUGCUUUCAGUGUUGAUAUUAUUCAAAAACAUACAAUAUUCUACAAGCUAUUACGUCUAUACAAACCCUGUAGCCUGCAAAUUAGUAGCAAUAACUUCUCAUUGGUCACUCCUAGCAAUGUUUUCAUGGACAGCAUGCAUGGCCUACGACCUACUACGUACGUUUUCCCGUGUACGUGUCCCAUCACCCGCUAUUCAAAAGCGGCGUUUCAAGCUCAAUACAGUGCUGUGUCUAGGCACAUCAACCGGCCUAUGUUUGAUGUGCCUCGUUUUAGACCUGGCUAGCAACGGUCGCUACAUAGGCUAUGGGGUAACAGGAAUGUGCUUCGUUUCAAAUCCUUGGGCAAAUUUAAUCUGUUUCGUGGUUCCAGUGGGCCUCGCUUUGAUUUUUAACUUCGCGUGCCUUUGUGGAACGAUAUAUUUCAUUGCAAAUGCUAGGAACAGAUCAAAGGCUCUCUUUCCACGUGGUAAAAACAGCAGAGCAAUGCCAGAAGCAAGCUUGACUAUCAUGGCAAUGAAACUCUCACUUGUCCUUGGUCUAUCGUGGGUGAUAGGAUAUAUAGGUGGGAUCCUUCAAAACACAGAACUUCUGUAUAUUUUUCUGUUUUUCGACUCGUUUCACGGAAUGUUUUUGUAUUUUGCAUUCUGUUGUAACGGACGAGUCUGUAGCUUCUAUAAAGAAAAAUUUGUUCACAGCAAGCUGAGGAUUGGCACCCUGUCGACGACAAGGUCUGGAGAAGGGCUAUAUACAAAGGAAACAACUGUCUAGCGAAGGGGUAUUGCAAAUCUUUUCGUUUUCUUAAAACAAAUUGCAUCUCUGAAAAAUUGCGAGGAAUCUCAGACAGUGAAAGACAAAGGGUUGCAACUAUGUGACAGAGAAAGACUGGGCUGAUAAAACUGUUGAAAACAGGCGAAAAGAACCGAGUUGAUUUGUACACAUACACUUCGUUUAUCUCGUUGUUUAGGAGCAUUUUGCAGUAAAUAAAACUGAAAGGUGGCAAAGUGAGAUUGAACUGUAAACUGUGCGAGCAUAACAUGAUCUGAAAGAACUCUUUAGCGCGUCCUUACCGCACCAUUAUGGAACAGAAUCCUUACAGCAAGGUAACAGGUGUCCCAUAAAGGAGAGAACCAUUUUCAAAAGAUGAAAAAUAAACUACACUUCCACCAGUAAAAUGAAAUAGACGACGAAAGACAAGCGUAUACAGAGCAACACUGGAUAGAACGUGCAACGGAAUCGCAAAAGCUCGUGGUUGUUCCAAACAAUCUACUAGCAUUAACAAACAAACAUACCUCGGG